UAUAUAUACAACUAGCGUAUGCUUGCAUGUGUGCGUGGCUGCGCCCACCACGAUCCCUAUACGUGAAUAAACCAGUGCAUAACUAGCUACCGGUUGUUUCACUUGUGUCCAUAUCUACGUAUCUAACAGUGGCGACGAAUACCCACAUUUAAGCAAAAAGUAACAUGUCGGCUGGAUUAUUUGGAAUUUUGAGCAGUUUUGACCACAAUGGACAGGAAUGGAAGACAUAUAAAAGCCGCCUGACACAGUGGUUUGUGGCAAAUGACAUCACCGAUGCGACAGACGCGACUGGAACAAAGCGGAGAGCUAUAUUGCUAAGUGCACUCACGGAGGGUACGUACAGACUCGCUGCAGAUUUGGUUUUACCAAAGGAUGUACAAACGGUGCCCUACGAUGAUAUCAUAAAGAGUUUGGAUACCCAUUUCAACCCUAAGCGAGUUGGGUUCAGCGAGAGGCAUAAUUUCUACGCAGCGGUACAAAGACAAGGCGAAUCUCACUCGCAGUGGGCCGCGAGACUUCGUGGUCUGACGUCCCUUUGUGCCUUCAAUAAUGUGGAAGAAGCGCUACUCGAUCGCUUUAUUAUGGGCAUGAGGGCUUGUUAUGAGAAAGAGAAGCUCUACGCGCAAGAUUUGGCUGGCCUUACGCUUGGCAAAGCUGUGGAGUAUGCCGAGAAUGUUAGCACCGCGCGCGCAGCUGCCGCCGCCAGUGCGAGCGGAGCGGGCGCAUCUGCCGCGGGCGUCGCGGCGCUGGACCCGCUAUUAAAGAUUUCACGCAGUGCUAGUGCCAAGGGACCGGCCGCUACAAAGAGUAGCCGUUUAGGGAAGCCUAAGUGUACCAUAUGCGGGUAUACCAAUCACAAAACCGCGGAGUGUCAGUACAGUGAUUAUGUGUGUAAGAAGUGUAACGUUAAAGGCCAUCUACGUAGGGUGUGCCCAUCAAAAGUGAACUACGUAGACAAUGGAGCCGGAGACGAGGACUUCGGAGACGAUGGUGAGGUAUUUACUAUACGUUCAUUGCGGGGAGAGCCAAUGGUAGGCACCGUAACUAUCCGCGGAUCAAAAUUAAAUUUUGAGAUAGAUACGGGUGCUGCUGUAACUGUUAUUUCAAAUGAUAUUUAUAAAUUAUAUUUUAAAGAUGUGCCAUUGGGUCCGUUGCGAAGAAGGCUGGUUACUUAUAAUGGCGAUAACAUUGCAUGUGUGGGCGUUGUGCCGUUGCCUGUGUGCUACGACGCCCGCACACAUUCGUUAGACAUACACGUCGUACGAGACGGCGGAGUGUCUCUUUUAGGUAGGGAUUUUAUAUCAGCCUUUCAAUUGGAACUUAUACGAGUUAAUCACUGUCACCUAUUGUCCACAGUUGAACAGCUACAAACAAAAUUUCCUAAAUUCUUUUCAAAUUCAUUAGGCUGUUUUAAUAAACACAAAGUCAAACUGAGGCUCAAAAAUAACGCCAAACCGGUUUUUAUUAAGGCGCGGCCGAUCGCAUUUGCAUUGCGCGAUAAGGUAAACAAAGAAAUCGACCGGCUAGUACAAUUAGGCAUUUUAAAACCCGUAGACCAUGCCGAGUAUGCUUCACCAAUAGUGCCAGUGUUAAAACGGAAUGGCAGUGUCUGACUGUGUGCUGAUUAUUCUGUUACUAUAAAUAAGCAAUUGAUAGUCGACCAGUACCCCUUGCCAACGGCAAAAGAAUUAUUUGCAAAGUUGUAUGGUGGCAUUAAAUUUACAAAACUCGACUUAUCAAUGGCUUACAACCAAUUUGUUUUGGAUGACGAGUCACAGCCGUACACGUGCAUAAAUACAUCUCGGGGACUAUAUAUGUAUACCCGUCUGGUGUUCGGUGUCGCCAGCGCGCCGGCCGUGUUCCAGCGCGCCAUGGAGGGCGUGCUGGCCGGCAUGGAGGGCGUGCUGUGCCUGCUCGACGACGUGCUCGUUACGGGUCGCGACGACGCGGAGCACGCGCGCAGGUUGGACGCCGUGCUCGAAAGGUUACAGGACGCAGGAUUGACGUUGCAACAGGAAAAGUGUGAUUUCUAUAAAAAUGAAGUUAGCUAUUUGGGCUAUGUUAUAGACAAAGACGGCUUACAUAAGUCACCCGAUAAGGUCGAGGCAAUAGUAAAGGCUCCCGUUCCGAAUAAUGUCAGCGAGCUCCAAUCAUUUUUGGGGUUAGUAAAUUAUUACAGGAACUUUGUACCAAAUGCGUCGUCAAUCUUGUGUCCACUUUAUGAUCUUUUAAAAAAGGGGUCUAAAUGGCAAUGGAAGGCUGCACACCAUACCGCUUACAUGGAGAUAAAAAAAUGUAUAGCAUCAGAUCGGGUUUUGGCUCACUUCAAUCCGGGGGCUAAGCUAUUUUUGACUGUC